AUGCCGCUUACAACUUGUAUGGAUAAAUCAGAAGAAAGUGGACAUGAUGAAUAUGAUUAUGGAAGGAGAAUUCUGGAAAUUCAUGAAGGAAUAGUGUAUGAGUUUGUUCAGGAAUUCAUGCCAUGGGCUGAAGCCCAAGAGAGCUGUGAAAAACUUGGGGGACAUCUUCUUAGGGAUUUGAAUUUUAAGAUUAAGGAGCUCCUACAAACCCAGUCCACACAAACUGGACCGUGGUGGGUCAGUCGCGAGUUGAUGUAUAAAAAUUCAGUCAGUGGAUUUGAACCUGUCUCAUAUUCCCUUGUUAAAAGUGAUGGCAAAGAUGUGAAUAAAAAUCACUUUGCUUGCACCUAUAUGGUGAAAGAUCCAUUUCAGCUGGUGACCACACCCAACUGCAGUAUGAGCUUUAGCUCCCUUUGCACGCGAGAUUUAAAUACACAUCUAACGUCAAGUCCAGCAAACAAAAGGAGCCGAAGAAGUUUAACUGGCACAUUGUCGUUACUGACAAACUAUAUAGGAACUACUGCUGUGUUUUUGACGAAUAUCAAAGAUAUGUUGAAGGAUUUGGAGACAACAACUGAAGAAAUAUCAAAGGCCAAUAAGGUCAAAUAUCUGCAAAACAUAUAUGAUCACCUUCUAAAAAGCGGUGACUUGAAUGGAGAACAGCUUGAUGAAAUUAUGAACAGCACUGCAGCCAUACUUUUGUAUUCACAAGAGUGUGCACCUGACAAAAUGGGUGAUCUUGAGGAACUCAUCACUCUUGCUGGCCAAAUUUAUGGAUAUGCUCUCCCUGCUAACAGUAACAUUGUCAAGGAACUUCCAACAGGCACCAUUCAUGUCACCAGGUCAUUAUUAGCUGCAUGA